AUGGCCAAGAGACCUGCAAAAAAGUUACAUGAAUGUAGUGAAUUGGGGGACCUUUACAGACGUGCAUUCCCUACUCUUGGUGAUGAAUGCCACAAGGACUUCUUUCAAAACCUUCACCUUAGUCGAGAUCAGAAUGCUCAAACAUGGAAGAAGCAGGGAAAAUGCGAGGACUAUGGAAAACCUUUCCAUCAGAGAUCAUUGCUUUUGCGGCACAAGCAAAUUCUUACAAACGUAAAAUCUUAUGAAUGCAGUGAAUGUGGAAGAGUCUUCAGGCGUCAGGCAAAUUUUGUUCGACAUCAAAGAAUGCACACGUCAGAGGAUCCCUUUGAUUGCGACAUAUGUGGGCAAGCCUUCAAACAGAAGUCCACUCUUGCUGUCCAUAAACAGUGUCACCCUCAGAAAAAGCCAUAUAAGUGUCAUGACUGUGGAAAAUGUUUCCGUCAGAUGGCAUAUCUUAUUGAACAUAGGAGGAUUCAUACCAAAGAAAAACCCUAUAAAUGUAGUGAGUGCGAAAGAACAUUUAGUCAGAAUUCAACCCUUAUUCGACAUCAGUUAACCCACAGCGGAGAAAAACCCCAUAGAUGUCUCCAAUGUGGGAAGGCCUUUGGUCGGCAUUCGACCCUUCUGAGCCAUCAACAGAUUCAUACCAAACAGAACACUCACAAAUGCGGUGAAUGUGGAGAGUCCUUUAGCCGGAGUGUAGAUCUCAUUCAGCAUCAAAGAACCCAUACCAAGGAAGAAUUCUUUGAAUGUAGAGAAUGUGGCAAGACUUUUAGUUUUAAGGCAAAUCUUCAUCGCCAUGAGGUCAUUCAUACUGGAGAGAGGCCCUACAGAUGUGACAAAUGCGGAAAAUCUUUCAUCUGGCGCACAAGCUUUAUUAAGCAUCAGGGUACUCACAGAGAACAUUUAUCAAUGUGA